AAGGCUUCUGUGAAAAUAUGCAUCGCUCCGAAUUCUAAACAGCUGGCGUUGGAAAAUCGUUGCAGUCAAAUGGUGUAAGAAAAAUAUUGACAUUCAAUUAAAGUUGUAAAGUCGGUAAAGUGCAGCCGUAUCGUGCAUUGUUUGCAACUGCAUCCGGUUUUGAUGGGCUUCACAGGAUUUGAGGAAGGACACUCCAGUUAAGGAUACGAUAAACAAUAAAACGAAACCCAACCAAACAUGUCCAGUAUGCGGUCUUCAAUAUUUAUUACCCGUGUAUAGAAUCCAUUAAUCGAUUAUUGAUUGAAAAGGAUAUCUAUGCGCAGCAUGGAGAGUUUGUACUCCAACAAAAGUUCCAGCUUCUCGGCCUUGCAUCGGCGAAAGGCAGCAGCUGCCAGGCAACCAGCCAUCGUGAUAGCAGCCCCCAGUAACGAUGUCCGCCAUCGGGUUAUGUCGGCGCGUAUAUUACGCUACAAGCAACUGCAGAAUCAACUGGAGGUGGCUCACCACCAGAUAGCGGAGCUAACGAAAGAUAAUCGUCUUCUGAGGGCCCUGCAGAAACGGCAAGACUCGGCACUGUCCAAGUACGAAAACACCAACGCAGAACUGCCUAAACUGCUCCAUUCGCACGCCGAAGAGAUUAGAACGUAUCAAACUAAAUGUCGAAAUCUACAAAACCAGAACAAGGAGUUGAUGAACAAGCUGAAACAAAAAGAUGCUCACAUACUGACGAUAACCGAUCAGAACAAGCACCUUAUUCAGCUGAACAAGGAUAAGCACUUGGAAGAACGUGAGAGACUUUCCGAUCGAGUCCGGGAUCUUGAGGCUAGGUUGAUUGAGAAGGAUAACGAUACCAAGCUACUUGCGAGACGAUUACAACUAGAGUCGAAAAAUUUCAAAGGCCAACUGCAACAGGAAGUGCUAAAACAACGAGAAAUUGCUAGUAAACUAGAGCGUGCUCAUCAUGAAAUACAACGAUUGAACUCUGUACUCGAGAUAUAUGAAAAACGGACUCCUUCUAUGCUAUUGAAAAAUAGUAACUUUCUUCUGAAGCAAGCUAAACCAACAUCUGGCAGGUUCCAUAAUGGAUCACCCGUAAAAGCAACGUAUUCGGUAAGCGUUUGUUAAAAUUUAUUGUUGGUAUUUCAUUUGAUUUAUGCCUCUAAAUAUGUGCGUUACAUUUUAAAUCCUUCGAAUCCCUACAUA